AAUACCUUUUUAAUGGUUGAGGACAUAUUUUCAAGAGACACAACGUAAACGAGCAAAUGAUGUCCAAAAUUUACAGAAAUAUCAAUGAUUCUGCUUUUCUGGGCAUACGUAAGAUAUGCUUUAGAACUCCAAUUAUCCUCACUAAUGUACGUUUCUAGUCAUCACGGAUCAGUCAAUCUGAAAUAUUUUGUUCAACACAACGGAAACAAUUCAGAAGGGUAUGAUUGAUAAUACAUUACUGUAGUGUGCAUCACAUUCUCGCGAAUCUUGAAAUGUAUUAGCCCUACGGAGAUUCGAUCAGCCAAUAUAAGCAGCAGAGUGGAAUAAAUUGUCCGAAGUAUUGUAAUUCUUUUGUGUGUAGAGGCCAAAUUUUUUUUUUCCUUUCCAUCGAAUCGGACUUCGUAGGCGGUACUAUCGGCGGAUUGGAUAUGAAUAAAUCCAAUCAGAACCUGGAUAAUUAUACAGAACCCUUUUUUUAUUCAACGCUUCUUGGAUUUAGCGCAUAUAGGGUUAUCCGUGCCCGUGAUGUUUUUUGCGAUGGCGACCCGAAGAAGACCAAUGCACGCGUUGUUGAUCUGCGUUUCCCUGCUGGGUUUGAAUCACUUUGGUACCCCCAACCCUGUUUCUUCCACUGUUAUUCCUAUCGAAAACGCAGCGAGAAGUCUGCUGGAGGGCGACAUAAUCACGCCACGUCAAGGGCUCUCAAGCCAUGAUCCCGCAGCAGCAAUAGGAACGGGGCAAACAUCGCACAUGUCGGGUUAUUCGUCGGGGAAACCCAUGCCACCCAGUGUUGACGAGGUGUUCAAACGACCCGGCGCGGUUGGGCAGCCAGCAAGUGUGAUCGACCCGCCGACGAAACCUUGCCCGGAGGAUUAUUUCAGGGACUUUUUCGGAGUUUGUCGGAAAUCGUUCACAUUCCCAACGUCGUCCAAGAAAAAGAGUCUUCCUCUAACAGAAGAAGUUCCCGAGAAUGAGAAGUCAACGUCAGUGGUUGAUGGAAAAUCCGAAGUGGCGACAAGUUGAAAAUUUUCGGGCGACUCUUCUUUUUUAUAGAUUUAUCUUCUAUUGACAAUUCCUGUAACCACGUGUCUCCGUGUUUUGUAUUGAUUCUUUAGUGUUUUAAUUUCUGAAAGCACAGAUAUGGAAUUUUUCUAAACGAACGCGUACAAAUUUCGGAAAGUUUUUUGUGCAAAGCCGUGCCUGAAUGAUUACGCCAGUCUAAAGAAAGAUACAUACGAUUUUUAUUUCCGAAGCUGUGCUGGAUUUUCACAGAAAGUCACGGAUGAAUGAUGAUUAUCUCCAUUAUGUUAAAAAAAAAGUCUGAGGAAAAUUUAAUCUGCUAAUAUUUGAGGCAUU